AUGUCUGCGCCCGAGCGAACGCCUCCGUCGACGUCCGACGAACCUUCGCCCGGCGAUCGAGCGUUCACCGACGCGCUGCCGCCGCUGUUUUGGGACGGCGAAGGCGACGAGUGGCUCGAGGAAACCUCCCCAGAGUUUGCCGCGCUUCGAGCCAUCGUCGAGGACGCGAAUCGCGACGCCACGCCCGUGGAAAUCGCGCAAAAAUGCAAGGAGAAAGGCAACGCUUCGGUCAAGUACGGGGUGGCGAAUAAGCUGUACGCGCGGUACGCGGUGGAGCAUUACACCGCGGGACUGGCGGCGGCGAGCGGCGACGCGACGCUCGACGGGACGUUGUAUUGUAAUCGCGCGCACGCGGGAUUGCUGUUGAAGAAUUAUCGAAAGGCGUACAGUGAUGCGAUUAAGGCGACUGAGUUGGUGAGUGGAAACGUCAAGGCGUGGUUUCGCGCGGCGAAGGCGGCGUUGGCGCUGGAACGCGCGGAGGAAUGCGCGCGUUGCUGCGUCGGCGGGUUGGAAAUCGAAGGGGACAAUCGAGAUUUAAAGGUGAUGCUGCGCGAGGCGAAGCGGCUAGUGGAGAAGCGAGAACAACAGGCGACGUUGGACGCGGCAGAGAAGGUGCGCGUGCGCGCGUACGUAGAGGCGAUGAAAUCUAAGGGGAUUCGCAUAGGGCCGGCGAGUUUGGGAAGCGGCGAGCGCUUGCCCGCGAUCGAUGCCACCACCGGCGUCGCGACCUACUGGACUCUUUUCGUGUACCCGGAAUCCAUGCAAACCGACGUCGUCGAGGCCGCGAGCGAAACUUCGACGCUCGGCGAGCACUUGGACGUGCUAUUCGACCCCGCGGGGCCGCCGCUCGAGUGGGACGAGCGCGGCGCGUACGCUCGAGAUUCGGUCGAGGUGUAUUGGCAAACGAACGCCGCGGUGCCGUACACGUGGCAACAGGUGGAGACGAAGCUCUUAGACGCCGCGGGUGUGACGCGACGCGAGGUGGACGACGACACGCGAAAAGAAAUCGAAGCCAUGGCGAAGGGCAGGGUGGAUUCGCGAGACCAGUUCAUGCGCUCGCUCAACGAGAAAACCAAGCUCGGGGACUUGUUCAAGGACAAAGAGUGCGUGCUCGCGGGUCAUCCCGUGUUUUACGUCAUCGCCAAGGGUACGGAGUUCCGGCAGCGCUUCUUAGACGGCGAGUGGGAGAUCUGAUUUAGUACAAUAGCAGUUGUUACACGUAGAUAUAUGUCGAGACGGUUGAUCACUGGCGCUCCGUCGCUCCGGCGCUGAUUUCGACGACAUCGUCGCCGUAAUCCGACGCUCGCGCGCCAAAAAACGUGAGCCUGCGCGACCAAAAUUCCAUCAGCGCCUUCGCCUCAUCGGCGGUUGAAAUCAUCUUGUGAGUCUUGUCGAACUCUCGCACCACGGCGCCGCACCCGUGAUUUCGUCUAACGAGCGCCGCCGCCGUUUCCCGCACGCGCGCGAGUGGGGUGACCUCGUCACGCGUUCCCGCUAUCAACAACACGGGCGUCGGUGCCUCGUCGCACUGCUCGUACGACUCCGGCCGCAGCAACGCCGCCGCCACGGCGGCGCACGACCCCAGUCGCUCGCGUCCAGUCAUGCGAGUCGCGACGUCCAACGCCACCGCGCCGCCGUCGGAGAACCCAAACAAGUGUACGCGAGACAAAUCCCACCCUCGCCGAUCGCGCAACACGCGCAGCGCUCUUUGCACGGCUGACGACGCCGCGUCCAACUGUCUCGCUCGCGCAUCCUCGCUCGCGCCCUCCUCCGCCGAAAGCAUCCAACGCCGAUGCGUCUCCUCCUCCGUCGCCCCCGCGCGUCCACGCGCGUCGAGCACGCCGCCCAGAGACCACAAACCGGUCGUCGGCAAACUUACCAUGCGACCAAACUUGUGAAAGUUCAUCGGAUCGUCCAAGUCGCCGUGCAGCAGCACGAGA